UCCGAUCAGCCUAUAAAUGGCCCCGAAGUUUAUCUCCUGAGGCCUCUCUCUCUCUCGUCCUCCAAGUUCGUCAGAUUUAGAUCUGCUUCCAGCUAAGUAUUCUUGAUCUGCAACCUGUUUUUCUGUUUGUGUUUCUGGUUCGAGAUGAUCGGAAUUUUCUCAUCCGAUGGAAAAUAUUUCAUCGAGUUUUGAUUUUUUGGAGCAUAAAUUGGAUCUCUGACGAUUCAAACACUAAGAACUCUUCAUUUCGAUAUCUUUAAACCUAGGUUUUAUAUAUUUGAUCAAACCUGGUUAUUGGGGGUUCAGCAAAUCCAACCGAUCCGUUUGAUGAUUGAGGUUUGAAGCCGCCAUCUCCGGCAUUUAUGAACUCCGAUUCGUUUUUCCACAGGAUUCGCCUUCUCCAAUCCUUCUCUGUUGUUUUCCUUUACUACUUCUACGUUAUCUCGUGAAUUAGCAAACCCUAGUUUCAACUAAGAUAUCCUCAAAUCAUCCCGAACUCUAUUUGUUUCUUUUGGCUGAGAUUCUCCGGUUGGAGAGAGAUGUCGAGUGAGGAAAUCGAUGAGCGAAAGCGGAAGAGGAUGCUGUCGAACAGGGAAUCCGCUAGGAGAUCUCGGAUGAAGAAGCAGCAGCAUUUGGAUGAUAUGGUGAAUAAUAUUUCGCAGUUUAAGGAAGAGAACGACAUGAUUUUGAACCAGGUGAAUCUGAUUAGUUCGAAGUAUUCUAAGCUUGAUGCUGAGAACUCAGCAAUGAGGAUCCGGGUGAUGGAACUGACUGAAAGGCUGAAGUUUCUGAACUGCACGCUGAAGCAUGUGGAGGAAGAAAGCGGGAUGGCCAUGGAGAUUCCUGAGAUCCCAGUAACACUGAUGAAGCCAUGGCCUUUCGCCUGGUCCCUUCAGCCAUUUUUGAGGUAAAUUUGCAUGCAUGCA